AUGACAAGCUCCUGGAACGAAACCACGCUCCCAACCAUUCUGUCGAAUUACAAAUUGGAGGACACUUUCAACGCAGACGAAUUUGGUUUGUUUUACCAAUGUCUUCCCGGGAAAACAUACCACCUCAAAGGAGAAAGGUGUUCUGGGGGGAAGAAGAGCAAGUUGAGAUUCACUGGAAUGGCCGCAGCAAGUGCUACUGGAGAAAAGUUGCCAAUGUUCGUCAUUGGCAAAUCAAAAAAACCUCGCUGCUUAAAUAACAUCAAACAUCUCCCUUGCCAAUACACAUCACAAAAGAAAAGUUGGAUGGAUAGUGAAAUAUUUAAAAACUGGGUCCGGAAACUGGACCAAAAGUUUCGUGUAGACGGGAGAAAAAUCUUUCUUAUAAUCGACAACUGUCCAGCACACCCAUCGAUCUCGAACUUAACAAACAUUCAUCUCGUUUUUUUGCCCCCUAACACAACGUCUGUGUUGCAACCGAUGGACCAAGGUGUCAUACGAAGUCUAAAAGCGCAUUACCAAAGGAGAGUUGUACGUUUGCUGUGCAGUCCUUUGGAGAACAACAAACCUUUGCCAAAGAUUUCAAUUUUAAGCGGAAUGAAGAUAUUGGCUGAUUCUUGGGAGGCUGUAACUAAACAAACCAUCAUCAAUUGUUUUAAGAAAUCUGGAAUCUCUUCUACAGGACAACAGGAUGCUAUUGCUGAUUCGGAUGACCCAUUUAAAGAUCUUCAAAAAAGUUUGGAUGAUUUAAGAGAGGCUGAUCCAUCAUUGGUACCAAAUGAUCUCAGUGCUAAUGAUCUUGUGACCUUGGAUGAUGAGGUUAUCGCAACCGCCCCUCAAAUCUCUAAUGAGGAUAUCAUUGAUGAAUUUCGGAAAUCUCAGGACGACGAAGCUGAAGACGAUGGCAGUGACAUGGAGGAUGAUUCAUUUGAUAUAGUUGUCGAAAAACCAUCAAGAUCAAAAGUCGAGUGUAGUAUUGAUCUUUUGAAAGAUCUAUUACUAGUGAUGUUAAAACGAGCUAACGUCCUGCAGUCUCCGCAUCGGAGGUUUUCGCGAUCUCCAUGUCGGAGGUUUGUAAAAAUCACGAAUUACUCAGUCGUUAAUGACAGUAAAACAGACGUGCUUGCUAUGGGGGAUGUAAAAUCUGUAAACUUAAAACAAACAAGUGUGCCAGAUGUGGUAUUGAACGACGCUACGUGUGAUGAUGGAAGCAAAACAAAUUGCUGUCAAUCUAUUGAUAUCAAAUGGUUUGACCUGACAGAGAUAUUCAUCUCUUUUCUUCCUUUUAAAGAAUAG